AUGGUUUCAUUCGUUUGCGAAGUCUGUCAAGACACCGUCAAAAAGCCCAAGCUCGACCAACACCGCUCCCGCUGCCACGGCGCCUACUUCACCUGCGUAGACUGCAACACGACCUUCAACGGUCCCGCCGCAUACAAAUCUCAUACGUCGUGUGUGAGUGAGGCGCAGAGGUAUCAGAAGGCGUUGUAUAAGCCUACGAAGAAGGAGUUGAAGAAGCAGCAACAGGAGGUUGUGAGUGCGCCGGCGGUGGAGGCGAAGAAGGUCGUUGAGGAGAAGGAGGAGUCGAAGAAGAGGUCUCACGACGAGAUGGAGACUGAGUCCGCACCCGCUGAGAAGAAGUCCAAGGAGUCUAAGAAGGACAAGAAGGAGAAGAAGUCUGAGUCCGACAUCGUCGCAACGCUCUCAGACCUCGUCGGUGACGAAUCGUUGUCCCUCCACAAGCUCUUGAAGAAAUUGAGAAAGAAGGAGGGCAAGGAGGAAAAGGACGACGAAAAGUUCUUGAAGAAGAUCGCGUUGAGAAAGGAGGGUGACAAACUCGUUGUUGUCAAGGCUUAG